AUCAAGAGCACUACCAAAAUACUCUAGAUAAAAAACCAUUAGCAGAUACAAAACAAUAGAUAAAACUAUGUCGAGUAACUCAUCAUCACUGGUCCUAAUCACUUUGAUAUUGGCCACGUCGUGCCUAGUCUCCGAGAGCCGAAUUGCAAGAAAAGACUUGGGUCUGGACCUUGGUGGGAUCGGGAUAGGUAUCGGUACUGGCAUCGGCAUAGGUCUCGGUGGAGGUGGUUCCGGAUCCGGAGCUGGUGCCGGGUCAGGAUCCGGAGGAGGAGGAGGGUCAAGCUCGUCUUCCUCUUCUAGCUCCAGCAGUUCUUCGAGCUCUGGUGGUGGUGGAGGUGAUGCGGGGUCCGAGGCUGGAUCAUACGCUGGGUCACGUGCCGGCUCUGGUUCAGGUGGAAGUUCCGGUUCAGGCCGUGGAAGAGGAGGUGGUGGUGGAGGGGGUCAUGGUGGCGGUGGUGGAGGAGGAGGGGGUCAGGGUGGAGGAGGUGGCUCCGGUAACGGAGGAGGGUCCGGUGAAGGCGGUGGAUAUGGAGGAGGAUACGGUGAAGGUGGCGACUGAAUGAAGAAUAUCGCAUGCAUGCAAUAUCUUAUCCAUGCUAUGUGUUUUACGUAAUUAUUACAAGUAUGAAUAAAUAAAAUGUUAGAAAUUUUAAUUUUCUAAAAUGGGUGAUUAGAUGACAUGGGAAACGCUUCUGAAGCGUUUGGUUGGUUACUUUUGUACUAUAAGCUGUAAUUUUUCAAGUUGAUAGUUGAGGAAAUAAUUGCAUGCACUUUCUUUUUGUUCUUCUCCGUUUUUUUUUUUGGCUAAAAUUUGGUGCAGUUCUUUUUGUUCUUCUCCGUUUUUGCACGUAUCAAUCAUCAUAUAUAACACAACAUUUGGUUAUAAUUUUGAAAUA